AUGGUUUCUCUUAAUCCAUUGGCCACUCUUUUUCUCUCUUAUCUUCUUCUAACUUUCUUUCUCUCUGAAGCUAAACAUGCCUCCUCUUCUUCUCCAAAAUCCACCAAAAUUGGUCAAGGUUACCGUUUGAUAUCUAUUCAAGAUGACCAUAAUGGUGCUAUCACUGGACUCCUUCAAGUUAAGGAGAGGAAUAAUGUCUAUGGUCCUGACAUUCCGCUUCUACGCUUCUAUGUCAAGCAUGAAACUGAGAAUCGUUUGAGGGUUCACAUAACAGAUGCAAAGAACAAAAGGUGGGAGGUUCCUUACGAUCAUUUGCCUAGGGAGCAACCACCACCUCUGAAGCAGAAGAACAUUAAGAGGUUGAAGGAGAAGAAGCCAUUAUCGGUGUCAGAAUAUUCAAGCUCUGAGCUUGUUUUCAGUUACACUUCUGACCCAUUUAGUUUUGCAGUGAAAAGAAAGUCCAAUGGAGAUACCCUUUUUGAUUCCAAUUCUAACAAUUCAGACUCAUUUGGUCCAUUGGUUUUCAAAGACCAAUACUUAGAAAUCUCUACCAAAUUGCCUAAAGAUGCUUCUUUGUAUGGUUUAGGAGAAAACACACAGCCACAUGGGAUAAAGUUGCAUCCUAAUGAGCCUUAUACUUUGUAUACCACAGAUGUAUCUGCCAUUAAUCUCAAUACUGAUCUAUAUGGAUCACACCCUGUGUACAUGGAUCUUAGAAAUGAAGGUGGCAAACCUUAUACACAUGGUGUUCUGUUGUUGAAUAGCAAUGGAAUGGAUGUGUUUUACAAAGGAACCUCUCUGACCUACAAGGUUAUUGGAGGAGUUCUUGAUUUUUAUUUCUUUGCAGGUCCUACGCCUCUUAAUGUUGUUGAUCAGUACACAUCGUUUAUCGGUAGACCAGCUCCAAUGCCUUAUUGGGCUUUUGGAUUCCACCAAUGCAGAUGGGGUUAUCACAACCUAUCUGUUGUAGAAGACGUUGUAGAAAAUUACAAGAAAGCCAAAAUCCCACUUGAUGUGAUAUGGAACGAUGACGAUCACAUGGAUGGACACAAGGAUUUCACACUCAAUCCAGUUAGCUACCCGCGUCCAAAGCUUUUAAGCUUUCUAGACAGAAUACACAGCCUUGGAAUGAAAUACAUUGUGAUCAUUGAUCCUGGAAUUGCUGUUAACUCGAGUUAUGGUGUAUACCAAAGAGGUAUGGCUAAUGAUGUUUUCAUCAAGCAUGAAGGUGAACCCUUUUUGGCUCAGGUUUGGCCAGGAGCAGUGUACUUUCCUGAUUUUCUCAAUCCAAAAACAGUUUCUUGGUGGGGUGACGAGAUUCGCCGCUUCCAUGAACUAGUCCCGGUUGAUGGCUUAUGGAUUGACAUGAAUGAAGCUUCAAAUUUCUGCUCUGGAAAAUGUACAAUUCCUACCGGAAAGGUGUGUCCGAAUGGAACAGGACCUGGUUGGAUAUGUUGCUUAGAUUGCAAAAACAUCACCAACACGCGAUGGGACGAUCCUCCCUACAAAAUUAAUGCUUCAGGAUUACAAGCUCCUAUAGGUUUCAAAACUAUAGCCACAAGCGCAGUUCACUAUAACGGCGUUUUGGAGUAUGAUGCUCAUACCAUUUAUGGUUUUUCUCAAACCAUUGCAACUCACACGGCCCUUCAAGGUCUUCAAGGAAAAAGGCCUUUUAUUUUGACCCGCUCGACAUAUGUUGGUUCAGGCAAAUACGCAGCGCAUUGGACAGGCGACAAUCAAGGCACAUGGGAGAAUUUGAGAUACUCAAUAUCUACAAUGCUGAAUUUCGGAAUAUUUGGAGUGCCAAUGGUUGGUUCUGAUAUAUGUGGUUUCUAUCCCGCGCCCACCGAAGAGCUUUGCAAUAGGUGGAUCGAAGUUGGUGCUUUCUACCCUUUCUCAAGGGACCAUGCAAACUACUACUCUCCAAGACAAGAACUUUACCAGUGGGAAUCGGUGGCCGAGUCAGCUAGAAAUUCUCUGGGGAUGAGGUAUAAGCUUCUACCCUAUCUGUACACCUUAAACUACGAGGCUCAUAUCAGUGGAGCCCCGAUUGCUCGGCCUCUUUUCUUCUCAUUUCCAAACUAUGUUCAAUGUUACGGCGUCAGCACUCAGUUCUUACUCGGAAGUGGCCUAAUGAUUUCUCCUGUUCUCGAGCAAGGAAAAACGGAAGUUGAAGCACUCUUUCCACCCGGAACAUGGUACAGUUUAUUUGAUUUGACACAAGUAAUUGUUUCCAAAGACGGAAACAAUGUGACCCUUAAUGCACCCUUGCAUGUGGUCAAUGUGCAUUUAUAUCAAAACACCAUUCUUCCAAUGCAACAAGGUGGUAUGGUAUCUAAGGAUGCUAGAACGACACCUUUUAGCCUCAUUGUCACAUUUCCAGCCGGUGCAAAUGAAGGAAUGGCUAAAGGAAACUUAUUCCUCGACGACGAUGAGCUUCCAGAAAUGAAGCUUGGAAAUGGCUAUUCAACAUACAUUGAUUUUCAUGCAACUGUCAAAAAAGGAACUGUGAAAGUUUGGUCAGAAGUCCAAGAGAGCAAGUUUGCUCUGGAUAAAGGUUGGGUUAUUGACACAAUAAAUGUGUUGGGAUUAACUGGAAAUGGAGAAACAGCUACAAGGGAAAUAGAUGGUAAACUAUCAAAUGUGAAAAUUGAUACAACUGAACAAAGUUACUUAUAUGGGAAAGGAGAUGGAGAAAAGAAGAUAGUUAUGGUUGGAAUGAAGGGUUUGAAUAUCCCAGUAGGUAAAAAUUUCUCUAUCACUUGGAAGAUGGGAUCAUGA